GGGUCCGCCGGUUCGCUUCUGAGCUCGGGGAGAUGCAGAGGAAGGAAUCAGUGACCUUCAAGGAUGUGACUGUGGACUUCACUCAGGAAGAAUGGGAUCACCUGGAUCCUUCUCAAAAGGAAUUGUAUAGGGAUGUAAUGCAGGAGAACUAUAAAAACCUGGUCUACUUAGGACUUGCAGUUUCCAAGCCAGAUGUGAUUUAUAACCUAGAACAAGGGAGAGUGCCAUGGAGGGCAGAAGGAGGAAUCCUAAGAUGGAGUUGCCCAGGGCUGAUGGUGUGAUUACAUUUUUAUAGGGUUUUUAUUUCAUUUCUAAAUAUAUGCCCCUC